CUUAUCACUAGGUGAACUAGGGUCACACAGAUGGUAAGUUUUAACUGAUUUACAAAUGCAAUGCCUCAUCAUCAGUUUGGUAACUUCCAGCCAGUCACAAGACUACAUGUAGAGCAUAAAAGAAAUGUGGAAACAGUCACUUCUUUUAGUUUCAUAUCAUGAUGCUGCCGGUGGUGUAUAUCAUCUUUUCUCUCUCUGGGAGCCUCGUGGCUGGCAUGCCUAGGGUGAUUCACAAGACAGAAGUGACCAGUAUUUUGGGGGAGAAUGUGACAUUGUCCUGCCAACUGCCCACAGACAAAGAGGUUCUCCAAGUUACAUGGCAGAAAGAAGGACUAACAACAACUAACAUGGCCACAUACAGCACCAAACAUGGUCCCAGAUUACUUGGCUCCUACCAUGAACAUGUUCGAGUGACCCAAAGUGAUUUGAACUCCUCAGCUAUCACCCUUGAUUUUGUCACCUUAGAAGAUGAAGGAUGCUACAGAUGUAUCUUUAGCAUCUUUCCCAUAGGAGCUGUCCAGGGCAGGAUGUGUUUGAGUGUUUAUGCCAUAUCAAAACCUCAGGUGGUUGCCCAGCUCCUGACCAGGGACGAAGGGGAAGUACUGACUGCAAGCUGCUCUGUGACAGGAAAACCAGCCCCUGAGAUCACUUGGGACUUGUCAGAUGGCUUAGUGGUGACCCCAAAUCUGUCACAUGUUUGGAAUCCUGACAAGACUGUGACCAUCGUCAGCAACUUCACCUAUAUCUGUGCCCAGCUUCCCCAGGAUUGGUCAAUAAAAUGUAUGAUUCGCCACCCGAUCCUCAAUACAGGGAUUGAACUGAAGGAUCCGUCCCAGAAAAGUACUGGUAGACAAAUGAUCGUCUCCAUUUGCUUAGUUUCUGUGAUCAUCGUCAUCUUUCUGCUGGUACUCUGUUUCUGCUGUUUACAGAAGCAAAAAAUGGGCACCCACAAAGUAAAUGAAGAUCUGAUCUUGGCUAUCUCUUGGAUUACUCCAAGGGUCUGCUGUAGGAGGUACUCAACCAAAGUUCCUGCCAAUAUCAACAAAUCACAAAGGACUUGGAAUGUAUAACCUUUUUCGGUACUGAUCUCAAAUCUUUACGCAGCUGUAUUUUGUAAACUUGCAAAAGAAUUCCAGGGACCUUGCCCAAGACUGUGCAACUUUUAGGUUCCAUCUGAAUACUCUCACACAUUGCUGAAGUUUCUGUGAUUGAGAGGUCUCAGUCUUGUCUCUUGUGCAGAAUGUACUUGGAACAUUCCAGUGCACCAGUGAUUUCAUGCUUCUGGUAGCUUCUUCCAAUGAUCUGAACUGAGACGGACUAAUGAGUCCAUACGUGAGGUUUCAAUGCCACUCUUUUUGAGGGCCUCCCAAAAAUUCAUCACACAGACUCCAUCUAACACUUUGGGGACCAUCUUUGAUUUUUUCUCAAAAUAUCAAGGUAUAAAUAUAAAGAGUAAUGCUAUAAGUAAAUUAGAGGAACAUAGAAUGGUUAUGUCCGAUCUACGGAGAAGAGUAGAAUUUAUGGCCAAACAAGAUAUAGGGAACACUGCAGGAUGUAAAAUGAAUAAUUUUGAUUAUAUCAAAUAUAAAAAGUUUUUGUACAAACAAAACCAAUGAAACUAAGAUCCGAAGGGAAACAGAACAAUGGGAACAAUUUUAUAACAAAUUUCUCUGACAAAGGUCUCAUUUCUCAAAUAUAUAAUUAACUAAAAACAUUUAUAACAAUACAAGUCAUUGUCCAACUGAAAAAUGGUCAAUGGAUAUGAAAAGGCAGUUUUUAUAUGAAGAAAUCAAAGCUAUCAAUAAUCAUAUAACAAUGUUCUCUCUGAAUUGUUCUUGAUGAGAUAAAUGGAUAUUAAAACAACUCUGAGGUAUCACCUCAUUGCCCAAUAAGACAGUAAAGGAAAAUGUUGGCAGGGAUGUGGCAAAAUUGGGACACUAAUGCAGUCCUGCUGGAGUUGUGGACUGAUCUAACUAUUCUGGAGGGCAAUUUGGAAUUAUGCUCAAAGGGCUAUAAAACAAUGCAUUUCCUUUGAUCCAGUAAUAUCACUGCUAGGUUUGUAUCCCAACGUGUUUUAACAACUGGAAAAGGAUCGCUUUGUAUGAAAAAUGUUUACAGCAGCUCUUUGUGUGGUGCUAAAGAAUUGGAAACUAGAGGAUGUCUCCCUCAAUUGGGGAAUGACUAAACACAUUUGGGAUAUGAUAGUGAUGGAAUACUAUUGUGCUAUAAGGAAUGAUGAACUGCCUCAUUUCAGAAAGAGCAGGAAAGACAUCCAUGAACUGAUGUAGAGUGAAAUAAGCAGAAUGAGGAAAAUGUUAUAUAUAGUAGCAACAAUAUUGUGGACCAAUCAAAUGUGAUAGGCUUUGCUACUAACAGUAAUACAGUGAUCCAGGACAAUUCUGAGGGACUUAUGAAAAGGAAUAAUGUCCACCUCCAGAGAAGUACAAAGUUCCAGUUGGAGUAGGAAGCAGAUGAAAACACAUGAUUUAUCAAUUGCUUAUUUGGGUAUAUGUUUUAGGCUUUUGGUUUUAAAGAUUAUUCACUUACAAAAUUGACUACUAUGGAAAUAUGUGUCAUGUGAUAAUACAUGUAUAACCCAGACUGAACUGCUUGCCAGCUCCAGGAGGGGUGGGGAAGAAGGAGAGGAAGACAAUUUGGAACAUAUAACUUCAAAAAACUUAUGUGGAAAUUUUUUAUUAAAAUAAAAAAUAAUUAAAAAUUUAAAAAAGACCUAGGAUAUUAAAAAAAAACCUCUAGGUACCAGUGAACAAUUCUUCCGGUGUCUGACAGCCUUACUCACAACAUGUGACCUACCCACCUCCUUUUCCUGUUAUAUCCUCCCAUGACAAUUGUUCCAGCUAUUUAUAUCUACCUCUUCUUUCACCAUUGUCCUCUCUGUGAUAUUCUUCUUUAUUGUUUUGAAGGUAAUAGUGUUCUUGUUGCAUUGUUGUAUAGUAAAUUUGGUAAUAUUUAGUACUAAAGUAUGUCUCUAUCUUUGAUGGGAAAAAUGCAACUAUUCACUUACUGAUACAAGAAGGUAAAGAAAAAAUCAAAUAUGUAUCCCAUGUUUAAAGGAGCCAGAGUCUCUAGUCUGAAUCAUGCUGCAUAACAUAUUUCAGCCAGAACACAGAUGGGUAGGAAUUCCUAUGAUGAUUACCAAUAAUAUUAUGUGAACAUCAGGAUUAUGUUCAUAGAUUGUCCCUGUGAAAGGGAACUCUUUAUUCUUUUUGUCUAUUUUGAGUUAACACUUGGUUAACACUAUCUUAGUACGUCACCAGUCGGUGAAAUGUGAAUCAAAUUUUCUUUUAGUACCCUACUUAAUACCUCACCAGAAAGAGGGUUGGCAAGUCAUUUGCUAAAGUGGGUAACAACUCAAUCAAUCAGGAAAUUUUGAAUCCUUUUGAUAAGAGUUUACAACUCCAGAGGAUGAGAAGCAGAUCCUGGAAAGCACUGCCCCCCUGGACAGUGCUAGACAAUUUGAAAGCUAUGAUUGGCCACUAUAAAGAGGGGGAGGGACAAGAAGUCACUAUAAAAGCCCUGAAUUUCUGGGGCUAGAGGUUGGCUUCAGGAUUUGUCCUUGACAGGUUGUCAUCUUCAGCUCAAACUGCCUCUUCCAGGGAACUUGGAUGAGUGUAUAGGUGGCUUUCCUUUCCUGACUUCUGGAGAGAGAUUAAUUUCAGUCAAGGGUUAAUAAGUCAUGCCAGGCUGAGCCAAGCAUGAGAGCAAUAUUUAGUGUGAUAGGCUAAAUAUCUUCUCUAUCCUCUUUUUGUAUUUCUCGACUUUCACUAUCUCCACCUUUGUAAAUAAAAACUAUUUAAAGUCAUUUUGACUUGAGCUAUAAUAUUUUAAAUCUGCAACCACCAUAUUAUUUAUAAUUUUCAUAUAUUUUAGUCAAACCCAUUAAUUUAAUUCCUUACAUCCCCAAGACCAAACCAUCUCCUUUUUCUCUAAAAUUCAGUGAUCCUUAGAUAAGAAUGCUGAGCCUCUAUGGCAGUCUUUGCAAGUUUCUGUGUCCAACUAACCUACCAUCUCAUUGUUACUAUGGGGAAUAAACUCUCUGACUUAAGCUAGGCUAAUUUUCAGAAGGAAGACACUUAGCCUCUUUGAAUGACCCUAGACUUCAAUAUUUUCUAGUAAAUUAAGAUCAUUUGGGACUUGAGGCAUAUUAACAAUCCUUAAAGCUAUCAAGGUUAUUUCUAAGUUAUAGUCAGCAAUAAAACAAAAAUUAAAAAAAAAAAAACACCUUGCUGGAGGGAUCAAAAUCACUGCCACAUGUUUGCCUAAUGUUGGUUUUAUUUAAAAUGUUUUAUUAGAAACUUUGACUUUCUUUCCAAAUAUGUGUUUCCUCUUCCCCAACCAAAGAAUUAUUUUUUUGUAAGAAACAGAAAAAUAAAAGAAAUACAGUAAAAAUA